AUGAGUUUACCUGUUAACAAGAUUCGAAAAUACAACGAUAGUUAUCUCAACUAUGGAUUUUAUUUUGUGAUUAAAAACGGUGUGCCACAUCCGCAGUGUAUUAUUUGCCAAAAGAUUCUUUGCCCUGAAUCCAUGAAACCUUCAUUACUUUCUCGGCAUCAAGUUUCUAAUCAUUUCGAAACUAUCGGAAAACCAAAUGACUUUUUUAAGAACAAAAAAGAUAAUAUUCGGAAAAUAGACGAUUCUUUCAAUUUUGACAUUAAUUUUUUACUAUCAAAACUCUCUUACAUGAUUUCAUAUCGGAUCGCAAAAGCCAAAAAACCACAUACAAUUGCCGAGAAUCUUAUUAUACCGUGCAUUAAGGACAUGUUUGAAUGUUUCCCUGGCAAUAAAUUGGAGCAUAUUGUUCGAAAAAUUCCAUGUUCAAAUGAUACCGUCAAUAGAAGAAUACGAGAUCUAUCCGAAAACAUAAAAGAACAAGUUAUUUUCUAG